GUUUUAGGUGAGCACCAGAUUCUCGUCACAAGUGUCAGUCAGAAACACAGACAAAGAAAAAGGCAAGAAAUUUCCCAAAAAUCUCCUACUUUUUUUAAUCUUUCCUGCUCAUCCAUCCAUCCAUUCACCCCUCUUAUAGUUCUCUCUUCUCCAGCGUCCGAUCUUGCUCAUUCUCUCCCUCAAUUACCCUUUAAACCCCCCGCCAAAUACAAAUUCUCUCUAAUUUUUCAAUACCCUUUUCAGGUUAUGGCUGAUGGUUCGAGUAGCCCUGCUGGGGGGAGCCAUGAGAGUGGAGGGGACCAGAGUCCAAGGUCUAAUGUGAGGGAACAAGAUAGGUUCUUACCCAUUGCUAACAUUAGCAGGAUCAUGAAAAAAGCCUUGCCUGCAAAUGGCAAAAUUGCUAAGGAUGCUAAGGAUACAGUUCAAGAAUGUGUCUCUGAGUUUAUUAGCUUUAUCACCAGCGAGGCAAGUGAUAAGUGUCAGAAAGAAAAGAGGAAGACCAUCAACGGGGAUGAUUUGCUUUGGGCAAUGGCCACUCUAGGUUUUGAAGACUACAUCGAUCCCCUCAAGGCUUACCUAGCUCGUUACAGAGAGCUGGAGGGUGAUACUAAGGGAUCUGCUAGGGGAGGGGAGGGAUCUGCUAAGAAAGAUCCAAUUGGCUCUCAGCUUUCAAGUCAGCAGUAUGCUCAUCAAGGCAUGGGCUACGUGAAUUCCCAAGUUUAAAAGUUAUAUGAUGAAGCUGUGCUGAUCUCUCUGGAUUCAGAUUGUGUUGUUGCCCUGGAUUCUAGCUGAUCGCGUAUCAUAUAUAUAGUCAAUUCUCAUGCAAAGCAAUUAUUAGUUCUGUUUAUGGGUUCUACUAUGUGUCCCGUAGUUACUGUUUAACAUACAUAGUAAUUACUUUACAGUUUAUAUAGGUUUUUAUUAUCAAAUACAUAGUACUCAAUAUCCUUUAUCCAGUAGUUCAUAAGAGAGGAAAUAUGAGUGAGCUACAUUUACAUAUUCAUAAGAGAGGAAAUAUGAGUGAGCUACAUUUGAGUAUGUUAUGUAUAUCCGGUGUUCACAUAAUAUAUAUAUUGAUAUCGUCUCAGAGUA